CACAUGACAUAAUUCUCGAAGAGUUCAUUCGGUCAGGACCUCGGUCAUCCGAAUCUGAAGGAAUCAGGAGUUGGAGACAGGAUCGCUGUUCUCCACAGUCGCCUUGUGUUUCCGGGAAGUUUCAGGGUGAAUCUAUCAGGGAAUCGCCCCGCUCUGCCCCUGUUCAGACGUGCAUACGGUGGCGUAUUAGUAAAUAUUUAAUUUACAGAUAGUUUGCGUGAUUAGACGAACGACAGUAUCUUUGCACAGCUUGCGGGGUGAUAAGUAAAUUGCAGGCUUAUCGUCCUGGUGUUGAUAUCGAGAGUCAUGCCUUAGUCAAUAGCAAAAAGUGUUCCCUUCGUAGUGCUUUCAUUAGUGAAUUGAUUAGUGAGUAGUAAAUAAAUGUUACUGUGACCUUAGCGGUAGUGUUAGAGCUCGUAAGUGAUUCAUAUUUGGAUAAAAGUGGUUGAAGCUGUGACCUCCCAGGCGGCACGCUCCCAACCGUUGUGAUCUAUUAACUCCACUCGUUUAAAUUAUUCAAUCGGUAAUAACAGUAAACGCACAAGUAAUACUCAGUUGUGACUAUUUGUAAGUUGGGGUUUAUUCCAAACGUCAAAACAAACCCCAUUCUCGUAACCGACACCCACACAGAAGCAUCCAACCCCGAAAGUAACCCACCCACCCACUUCUACUACAGCGUGUCGGGAGGCAAGCUUUAUUGUACUAGAUUUGCUCGCGGAGUACGGAUUGUUACUGAAAGCUUCUAGUAGAUGGUGUUGCGUGUAUAGAGGGAAGUGGUUCCUAAUCCGUAUCCGUAUUGCAACCGGUGCAAUCUUCUGAAGAAAAAUGGCAACUGAUGAUAGUAUGAGCGAUGACGUCUUCGAGGACCCGGAAACUCAAGCGAAGCGAGAGGAGCGGAGCAAGCACAAUGACUACAACGAUUAUUACUUCCAGCCGACAUCGAGAGCUCUUCGUGUCAAGGAGCAAGAAAAGGAGCACCGAACACCAUCUCCUAGUGGAUACCCGGGGUAUAAACCGCCAAAAGAGGCCUUACAAAUGUACGCCGUUGAUUCGGACAAUUACUACGGCGAUGGUGAAGCAGAAGAUUCCAGCGUGGUGCCGCAGUAUAAUCAGGACGAAGUGGAUGAUGGCUGGAAGUCUUAUAGAAUCGACGAUGAUGACGAUGUUUACGACGGAAUAGUGCAUAAGGUUAUUUUAUUAGGAGAUUCCGGUGUUGGAAAGACCUCGCUUCUUGUUCAAUACAACACCGGUGAGUUCAAAGCAGGUUCAUUUCUGCCACAGUUGGAAUUGCCCUUAACGGUAAGUCUAUUUAUAGACAUAUAUUUAUGUAUUGAAACUAAUUUUGUUACUACUUACUUUAAAUUAAUAUGUACAUGUAGAAGUAAUUGGAGUAGCUAUUCAUAUUUCACUGGAGUGAAGAAUGGGACAGUUCCUUUUGGACCCACUGCUAAAUUAAUAUUUUUACUUUAA